AUGUCUCCCAUCUCCGACACGCUCCUUACCACGCUCGCAAACGGGUUCGGCACACUUGCAGUGGUCGGUAUCGUCGUCUAUCAGUUCCUCGAGAUCAACGCGAAGCGGGAGCUAAGCGGGGUGAAAGGGAGUGACUGGCAGGGCAUUUCAUGCGAACGAACUACGCGUCUCAAUCAAGACCGCCUCGCCUUCGCCUCACCCGUCAAAACCAGCAGCAAGACGACGCAAGAUACCCAGCAGUAG